AGACAAUAUAAAAGGCUAGAAUGAAGAGACGACACAAACACAACAGUUGAAUUGCGUAGAGUGACGGCCUGAGAAUGGACAUCACCGUGGUUUGUCAGCUGCUGCUGCUGGUCCUCUCUCUGUUCGGAGCUCAGGUUCACUCAGACGCUGGGAACCAAAUCGUUCCUCAUGGAAAACAGACUGAAACCCAGGGAGCUGAACCUGCAAAUGCCUCUCAUCAGCAACAGACCUGCCAACCUGACAUCCAUGCUGUGCUGAGAGAAAUGAGCGCCUUGUUGGCUGAACAGAAGGUGGAGAUGACAUACUUGCAGAAUGAGAACAAAGCACAAGCAGCUAAACUGAGAGAACUGGAGGGACAGAAGACUCAGGUGGACAGCCUGAAGACACAGCUUCAAGCUCAAGCAGUGGAACUUGCCGCCGUGACGGCCAGGUCAAACAUCACAGAAAACCAGGUGGAGGCUCUGAACAGAGACAGGCAGGUCAAACGGGUGGCUUUCUCAGCCUCUCUUCGGGCUUCAGGCUCUGGACACAUCGGACCAUUUAACACACACACCACUCUGGUCUUCAGAUACGUUGUCACUAACAUCGGAAAUGCCUACAACCCAAACACAGGUCUUUUCAUCGCACCAGUGAGAGGUGUUUACCACUUUGAGUUCCACGUGGGUGCUGGUGGACAUCGUUCAUAUGCUUCAUCUGCUUUCUUGGUCAAAAAUGGGCAAUUCAUAUGUAGCGCAUGGGAAGAACAACCAUCCCACUAUGGGAGUUCCUCUAAUGGCGCUUCACUGCCACUAGAAGUUGGAGACGUUGUGUUUCUGCGUCUCUGGAAAAACACAAGAAUAUUUGACAAUGAAAGUCACCACAGCACCUUCAGUGGUCAUCUGCUGUUCACCAUGUGAGGGGAAGCAGUGUAUUUGGUUGUUUUUAACAUAUUUUUAAAUUAGACAUGAAUUAAUGGCAGUGUCUUAAUUCUUCUUAAUUCAUGAUUCUAUGAUUUAAUAGAUCUUAGACUUAGUGUCUUGACAUGGCAUUGUGUCUGUAAUCUUGGUGACUAUAAUAUUCAUUUUUCUCAUUCUCAUUCUUCAUUGUUCCCUCAAAAGUUGAAAAGUUUUGUAUUCAGGACAAAGCACAGCAGCAACAACACCAACAACUAUAUGCACUGCUUAAAGAAUUAUUACUUGACUGAAUUAUUAGUUGAGUUGUGGGUCUGUGUGGGACCCGACCCAGUCCCAAAUGAAGUGACAGAGGUGUUUAUUUGUUACACACCUUACAUAUGUCACAUUACCAAGAGCUUUUGAUGCCCUUAACCACAUCCUUUUGGUGGCUAAUGGUAAUGAACCAGGAUAAAAUGCCACCUGGCAUAGUACAGCAUGGGAUGAUUAUGACUUUGAGCCAAGUAAUCUAGUUAAGGACAAGGAGCUGUGCUGCGAUCAGUUUUAGAGAUGCGUGUCCUGGAGAGGCCAGCAUGUGAUCACACAAGCUAGGACAAAAUUAUCAUCUCAAGGUGAACUAGGGUUCAUUUUCAGGGUUAACUCUGUAAUCAUUUUAACAUCUCCUUUCUCCGAAUAAGUGCUGUUUUUAAGAAAUAUUGUUAUUCUUGAUAAUUUCACAAAUAAAACUGAUGGACAUUU